AGGGACCCCUCCCCAAUUCUCAAAACUGGAGGAAAGAGGGAAGCUUUCUCUCCAUGCUCCUUUUUAGGGAACUGCCUGGCACAGACGCCAGGGGGACAGGCCACCGGUGAGGAGGCUGGGUCCCAAGCUGCCCUAAGCCCAUUCCUGCACGGAGGAGAGCCAACCAUGGCAGAGGAGGUAUGGGUGGGCACCUGGAGGCCCCAUCGCCCCCGGGGGCCCAUCAUGGCCCUCUACAGCAGUCCAGGACCCAAGUACCUGAUUCCACCUACCACGGGCUUUGUGAAGCACACACCCACCAAACUUCGAGCACCAGCCUACAGCUUCCGUGGGGCCCCCAUGCUCUUGGCGGAGAAUUGCUCCCCAGGGCCCCGCUACAGUGUGAACCCCAAGAUACUGAGGACUGGCAAAGACCUUGGCCCUGCCUACUCCAUCCUGGGGCGCUACCAUGCCAAGACCAUGCUGACCCCUGGCCCGGGUGAUUACUUUCCAGAGAAAUCUACCAGGCAUGUAUUCGACUCAGCACCAAGUCAUUCCAUUUCUGCCCGGACCAAGACCUUCCGAGUAGACAGCACUCCAGGUCCUGCUGCAUACAUGUUGCCUGUGGUAAUGGGGCCACACACGGUGGGCAAGGUCUCCCAGCCCUCCUUCUCCAUCAAGGGCCGCAGCAAGCUGGGCAGCUUCAGCGAUGACCUGCACAAGGCAAGGAUCACCUCAACUCCAGGUCCUGCAGCAUACCGUCAGACUGAUGUUCAAGUGACCAAGUUCAAGGCUCCACAGUACACCAUGGCUGCCCGAGUGGAGCCCCCAGGGGAUAAGACCCUGAAGCCAGGACCAGGAGCCCACAGCCCUGAGAAGGUGAUCUUGAACAAGCCUUGUGCCCCCAUCGUCACCUUUGGCAUCAAGCAUUCUGACUACAUGACCCCCCUGGUUGUCGACGUGGAAUAGCCCUGCUCUCCAUCCCAUCAGCCUGUGACCACGAUCCUCCUACAGAAAUGCACUGGGUUGACAAUGGAUUGGACACUUCACCAACGAGUAUGCUGCCAGCCUGGCCCUGCACCACACAGCACACUAGUUUGGACGGUUUUGACAAGUUAUUUUUUUCUAUACUAUCUCCUGUUUGUUAAUCUUGUUUCCUGCCAUGUCCAAAUUAUUUAAUAAACCACAGAUUGCAUUUGUAA